CGCUCACGCUGCACUUCGCCUCGCCUUAUCAGCUGCAGACAGGCAGAGACAGGCGAAGACGACCAAGAGGACCUUGGGCAUCCUGAACUCCUAGGAGAUGUCUUCCAAUAUAAUUACUUGUGUCUCCAUGCAACACGUCAUAUUCGAUUGGUUGAACUGAUUGUACGAUGGGACUAAGUUUGGCCAGUAAAUUUAUCUUAUUACUCCUUUUUUUGGAACUGAUAGCCUCUAGGCCUGACUCGGUAGAUGCUGCAUGUGACGCGGUAUUCAAGGGUUUCUCUGACUGCUUGCUAAACCUGGGAGAAAACAUGGUCAACUACCCUCAGGCCCUCAACGACAGAGAAAACCUUCAGACCCUCUGCUCGUAUUGGGAUGACUUUCACUCUUGUGCCACCACAGCACUCGCAGAUUGCCAAGAGGGGGCAACUGUGAUCUGGGAGCAACUGAAACAGCAAUCCAGGAGCUUGAACUUUGAGGGGAGCCUAUUUGAACUGUGUGGAGGAAACAGCAGGGCAUUUAAACAUAGCUUGUCUUAUGGAGUAACGAUAAUGUUUACAGCUCUUUCUACACUGGUGACAUGGCUUUUUUACUGAGACGAGAAAACAAAAUAAAACAAAGCCAAGGACUGCCAAUUUUGCCUAAUAGGCAUCUACAUCUCAUAGGAAGCAGUGCAUUAAACAGUAAUUAUGGAGUUAUGGCAUGGGACAACAGGCCAUUAUCGCAAAAAAAGUAUUUACUGUGGUUUGCCAGGUUUUUAAUGCAUGAUAAGAUCGGCUGCUUUUCAAGCAUUAUUCAAUGACAAGUGAUUAUAGUAUUUUCUGUUAAAGUGUAUUGCACAAUUUUCUUUUUUUAGUUUGUUGUCAGUUUUGAUGUUGACCUAGUUGAGUUGAAAGCAGGCUUGUGCAAAAUUCCAGAAUUGAAUUGAAACUGGCUCUUAAAUUCCAAUUCAAUUCUUGAAUUUCACUUGCAUUUCAAUUGAGGUAGCAAACAGGAAACAGAAUUGCAAUUCGAAUUGUGCACAACCCUGGUUGAAAGAUAUCUCUAGAGUAUGUUGGGGCAUUUAGAAAAUAAGUUCAAACUCAGGAAAUAUCAGGUCUUAAGAACUCACCUAAAUCAAAUUAGCAAAUGCUGUCUAUUCUCACAAAAAAUGGCGAUAUGUUUUCAUGUGUAUUGCUGUGGUAACAAAGAGUCCUGUGAUUUACUUCAAGUUUGUUUGCUUGGACAUACUUUGUUUUGCACUUUUGAUAUGCUUUACAUGUCAUACCUAAUUUGUACAUACAUAUGAAUAAAUUUUAAAUUGCUAUCAAA